CAACCGAAUUUGCACCUGGUAUAUUUUGUGAUUCUGUCAAAUUCGGAUUCAAAAUUUGUUGUGUGAAAGAUUUCAGAUUAUUUAUGUUUAAGACUGUUUUUGAAGUGUUAAUAAUCGUUUUUAAUUUACGUAUUAGUAAAAAUGUAGUGUUUGUGGAGGUGUGAGUGGCGUAUGAGAUUCGUUUUUGGUUAGUUGAAGACAUUAAGAUGAACGUGUAAAGGAAUAUUCAGCACCAUCCUCAGGAUGGGAACCGACAUGUGUACUCAAAUGGGCCAAUCACAAGCCGGAUCAACAUUUGAACAGAAAAAUCAAAUUUUUCCCAGUGAAACCUCGGAAAAUCGUUGUUUUGUCUCAAAUCGGUCAUUGUUUGACUACAAUUGCGUGUAUAAAGCCUCUCUUUGUGUAAUUUUGAUGGAAUAUAAAGAUUGACAUGUUGCCGGAACAUAACCUCAACUUUUUGUUGAUGUUUUUUCCAGCACUUACCUUUCGAAUAAUGAGUCUCGGAAGGGCCAUUCCAGUGACAGAACACACCAAUUUGACUGUAGAACCGUAAUGAAUGUAUCCAUCACGUACUUGAAACUCCUCACUUUCAGAUUCAUUGUCGUCUAAUAAGUGUAUAGUGAAAGCACCCCACUGUGUGGAACUGGCAUGAAAAUGUCCAUUUUCCACAUGUAAAUACCGCGUGGAGACAGUCUGAGAUCUAAGUCGGUUAAAAAGCGCCACUUUGGUACCGCUCGCAAUACACAAAUCAGCGUUUUUUAAAGAUUGCUUCUUCUUUGAAGGCUUUGAGAUAACUUUGAUCCUUUUGCUGUGAAACACCCCAAUGUCGUGUCCCGACCCGUAGAACAUCUUCACGGAUAACAUAAAGUGUUUCCUCUUGUCCGAAUCGGAGAUGUACAGAGUUUUCGCGGCACAGUACUGCUUGCCAUUAUUCAAAUCCAGCUGCUGCAUGUCUUGAUCCGAGUUCCCGAUUCCUAUGAAAGCGCACAAUUGGGAGGCUUGUUCUGACUCGCCCUCCCUCAGCAUCUGUUCCUGGCGAAGCCUCCAGCCAUCCCCGAACAGAUAUAUACAAGGCGGAGGACAAAAAAACCUCUUCUCGUUCCCGUAGGACUUCUGCGCCACCUUAGCGUGCAGAAUGACGAUAACCAUGUCGGACCGGUCCCUCAGGUAUCGCUCCAUGGCCUCUCGGGUGAGCCUCCGGUCCUCACCGCGAUAACCCCCGGGCACCACCGCCCCCGAAAACCGCGAAUACAUAGCCCCGUGCUGCGGUGGUGGCGUCGGGGGCGACUGAGCGUGGGCUAUGCCCGGCAAUCCGUACUGAUGGGGCAUUUCAAAGCACUUAAUCAAGUAGGCCGCAUCGCACAAGCGUUUGUUUUAUCGAUGCACUCACAGCCAACUCUUCGCACGGCUACCGCUACACACGGUGAGAACAAAUGCCAUGCUUCCCCCUCCUUUGCCCCCCAAUAUCUCAUUCGAAAAACACCUGUUUGGAGAGAGGAUUUUCCGACAGGAUGGCCAACUUUCAAAUGACAAGUUUUCACAGGAAGUGCCCAAAUUAGAGCGUUAUAGGAAUUUUUUACAAGAUGAAGUGACUUCUGAGAUGGGUUUGAUGGGCCAGGAUGGGUUUACGGACGGAAUGGGCGGCGGGACGGGCGCGGUUGGAUUGCUGAAAAUUAUGUAAUUUUGGUAGCGUUAAGGCGGGUUUACAUGCGUAAAACGGUAGUUAAUGACAAGACAGUGGCGGAGAGAAAAAAGACCGGUUUUAUGAUGAGAAAUUUUUCUAAUUCCCAUCACCUUGAUAGCUGAUUUACUCUAAUUAGGUGCUAUUUAUUAUUAUACGUAAUCACUCAGUUGUAUACAAAAUAAUUUUAAAAAGAAAAAAACAAGGUAUCAACAAAGAGAGCCGUAUUUAAUUAUUCAUAAUUAAAAUAGUAAAAUAAACACAAUAAGUUUGCUUGGGAAAUUAAAUAGUCGCAAAAAUAAACCGUCUUAAUUUUCCACAAAGUUUGUCUAUGGGGAUAUCUUAUUUGGGGAGCGCACGCCGCCGCUGUGAGACAAAAGAAUAUCGUUCAAUUGUGUAUUUAUUGACAUAUGGGCGCACGUCACUGAUCAGUGUGUUUAUGAAUGGGUCCCCUCCCGCGUGAAGGUACCUUUAGCGCCGCUCCCCCCGCCGUCCCUCAGGAUGUUGGGGUUACAGCCAGGGCGUGGGAAAAUCAUGGUGUGGGAAAGAGUGGGUGGCCUCGGCGAUUCUCAAACAUUUGAUACUGAGAGAUGUAAUUCAGACCGCUGGACGAGAUUAGGUCUGUUUUCCUCUGAUUUGAUGAUUCUUCGCAUCUAAAUCAUGGGAACUGACUGACGUUCGUGUCGCGGUCGUUCAUCGCCGCCUCAGACCGUGGGAAUUUUUAACAUCAGACACCUCGAAUUAUUUACCAGAAAAUAUAUUAUGGGAGUUCACGGUCUGUGGAGGCUCAUCGAGCCUUCCGGCAAACCCGUGCCUUUGGAAUCUCUAGAAAAUAAAGUGUUAGCUGUCGAUGUAUCGAUUUGGUUGCACCAAAUCGUCAAAGGGUUUCAGGACGCCAAGGGGGCUGCAGUUCCUCAUGCACAUCUACUGGGGAUCUACCACAGAGUAUGCAAAUUGCUUUAUUUCAGAAUCAAACCGGUGUUUGUCUUUGAUGGAGGUGUUCCAGUUCUCAAGAAACAAACCAUAGCUUUACGAAACCAGCAAAAGUCCAAAACCUUAUCCGAGGCGGAACGCAUCCACAAAAACCUCUUAUCGGCCUUAGUAAAACAUAGCGCUAUUAGCAAAGUCUUAUCUGAAAAAGCCAAAGCAGCUAUAACCGCAUCAACUUCCCCAACAAAACGCGACGAUGACGAACUUUACGUCUUGCCCCCAUCUCAAUCUUUGGACUCUACACUGUCACAAAGUGACAGUUCGGAUUCAGAAGAUUCGGGGCUUCCCCGAUACGACUUACAUUCGAUAGACACUGAAAGUGCCGAAUUCAAGUCCUUACCGGCCGACGUUCGGCAUGAAAUUCUUUCCGACUUGAAGGACACACGAAAGCAGUCUUCGUGGGGACGAAUCCACGAAAUGCCCACUCAAAGUGAUAACUUUUCCACAUAUCAAAUGAAGAGACUCUUGAAGAGGCAGUCAGUACAAAUCGCUCUUGAAAACGUAGAGAAAGAGAUGGGGGGACACUCCUUAUCAUUGGGGGAGCUGGAGAAAUUGCUCAAAGAUCAGGGAGUUAUAACGAAUUUGAAAGGAAAUCGGAUUGCUUCAGAUGAAAAUACACGAUUUCUUCUAAUCAAAGAUAUCAAGCAAGCUAUGGAGGAUGCGAAAAAACAAAAUUUACCAAUGAUUGAAGAGAGCGAAGAAGGCGAUGAAACAAAAGAAGAGGAGAAGAAUGUGAAGAAUAAAGGGGACCAAGAAUUUGAAGAUGAUUUGAAGAGGGCUAUAGAACUAUCUUUGGAGGCGACACCAUCGACGUCGAAAAUAAAAGACAACGAAGAUGAGGUACCGUCUACCAGUUCUAAGGGGAAGAGACAACUGUCGUUGUCGUUUCUUACCGAUUUCGAAGAUGCCGAUUUUGGAUAUUCUGACUCCAGUGAAGAAGAAGAAGCAGUUCAUACGAGGCUAACACCAGCUCAGAGAUACAUGAUGGAGUAUAGUGGACUGACUCCUAGCGAAAUUGCAAAGAUUAUUGCCAGUAAAAGUAGGACUGUGAAGAGCGCUAGUGAAGAAACAAAAGAAGAAAAGGAUAAAAAUAGCGCACAGGCAGUUGAGAGUAGUUCUGAUGUUUCUAACAGUAUUAUAAAGAGUCCUGAAGAAACUAAAGACGAAACAGAUGAGGCUGGUAGUAGUUCAGAUGUUUCUAAUAAUAUUAUCAGGGAUAGUGAACAAACAAUGGAAGAAAUAGAAAAGUAUGAGAGUAGUUCAAAUAUUUGUAGUGCAGUUACCAAAGGCAGUAUUGAAAAUGGUGUAGAUUUAGCUGAUGAAGUUAUUACUUCUACAGUUGAAGUAAUGUCAGAUUCUACAUGUAGCGACGAGGAGGACUUUGUGGAUGUAGAUGAAGAAUUACAGACGAAAAAUACCAUUGGGAAUACUGGAAUGGAGGUCGUAAUAAAGCCAGAUGAAGAAAUUGAAGAUGAUCUCUUUAAGGACGUAUUUGAAGAAAUUGAAGAGAAAACGGAAGUGUCAAGUAGCACUGAAGAUACUGUUAAAGAAGUGGAAAAAGAAAGAAAAACAGAAGAAAGAACGUCAGGUCAAUUACUGAAAGAAAAGAUUGAGAAGAUGGUUAAAGCAUAUACGAAACCUCAACAUGAAGAAAAGAAAGAUAGCAAAGCGAAUACUGAAUUAACAGUUGAGCAACUGAACGAAAUGAGAGAUAAUCUCAGAAAGGAACAAACAGAAUUACUAAUAGAGAAACAAACAAAAGAAAGAACUGCGGGUAAUAUUACCGAACAAAUGUUUCAAGAAGCUCAGGAACUCUUGGAAUUGUUUGGGGUGCCGUACAUUAUAGCCCCCAUGGAAGCCGAGGCUCAGUGUGCUUUUCUAGAGCUGAUUGGUCUUACUGACGGUACCAUAACCGACGAUAGUGACAUUUGGCUAUUUGGGGGAAAAACCGUCUACAAGAAUUUUUUCAACCAAAAUAAAAUUGUGAUGGAAUUCAAAUCAGAAAACAUCCAACACCAUUACAAACUGACAAGGGAACAAAUGAUCCUCCUAGCCAUGUUGGUGGGGAGUGAUUACACCACAGGUUUGACUGGAGUUGGUCCAGUGACGGCUCUAGAAAUUUUGGCCGCUUUCCCUCCCAAAAAUCACAUAGUCUCGGGUUUGUCAGAGUUUAAAAAUUGGGUUAAAAGAGGCAAACUGCCCGGCCCUGGUCGGACUUCCCUUCGCGGCAAGUUGAAGAAUCUGAGUUUCACGGAGAAUUUUCCAAAUCCCCAGAUUGUUCAAGCCUAUCUAGAGCCCAAAGUUGAGACAAGUAAAGAGAGAUUUACAUGGGGGAAACUUGAUGUUUUUGGGUUAGUGGAAUUCACGAGACAAAAGUUCGGAUGGACGAAAAACAAGACUGAGGAAAUUCUUAAUCCAAUUUUGAGACGAAUGAAGGAAAGUAAGAGUCAGAAAGCAAUUACUGAUUUUUUCAAGGUUGAGUAUAGAGUGGAUUCAGGGGGGAUGGAGAAGCAGAUGAGCAAGAGAGUGAAGACUGCGCUAGAUAAGAUAGGGAAAGGAAUUGGAGUUGAGGGGGAGGAGGAAGAACCGAAAAAGAAGAAGAAAAAAGUAGGGAGGAAAAACGAAGAUGAGGAUAUUAAAAUCCUGAAGGAGACGAAAGUUAGGUCGAAAAAACGAGUGGAAGAAAUACAGAAAGAAGUUAAAAAGGAGAUUCAAGAACAAAAAGAAGAAAGGAAGGUUAAUCUUCAGAAAUUACACAAAAUGGAAGUUAUUCCUCAGAGACAGAAAGAUAAGGCUGAAAUGUUGAAAAAUCGAAUUCAGGCUAUUGAAACUUUUAGAAGAUCAAAACAAGGUCCUGGUUACGUGAAAAAGAGAGCAAAAGUGCAGAAAGAGCCACAAAAAGAUGCGAGUUACUUAUCAGAAAGUGACACUGAUUAGUUUUUGUUACUAUUUCUUCUUUUUUAAAUAAAGUUCUAUUUUUACUUUU